AUGCAAGAAGGCAUAAAGCUGCCAGAGACGCGCAGCGAGAUCUGGAAGAAGUCAUGGGAAAAGAAUCGCGCUAAACGCAUAUUCGCGCACAGCUACGGGAAGCAGAAGGAGCGCCAGUUUUACCCCAACCAAAGCCUAAAGGGAUGUCAGGCCAUGCUCAACCUUCAUUUAGGCCUCUUUGAGCACGCGUUUGCCAAGGCUGAAAAGCACGAAUUGUUGUCGAAGAAAUGGUUUCAUGCGCUGCUACUGUUCCUGCAUCCGGAAAAAAGCCAUCAUCUUCCCCAAGAGUGGCAAAAUGCACAGAACUACACUGCGGUUCGGGAGAGCUUUAAACUUCUCCCACAAUAUAAGGAGGACAUGGAAGAUGCGAGUACACGCACGGUUUACGAAGAGCGGGUUCGUAUCGAUAAAUAUCGACUCUAUCUUCAGACGAAGUUCAAGCAACAGUUCAACAACAAGGAAGGAAAAAUGCAAGGAAAUACGCGACGCUAA